CAAAUUAAUCUGAAAACCAAGAUACAGACAUCAGACAUCCUUUUAUUUGGUCUUCAAUUAGAAUCAAUUCUAAAAACAAUCGAUCAAGAACAUAUUGCACAACAUGCGUAUAGAAACUUAGCAACAAUUGAAAAUGAAUUGCCAUGUGAAUGGAUGAUCGCUGAUUGUAAAGCACAAAUAAAUAGAGAAAUGGAUCAAAAGAUUAAAAUUACAGUAAUUAGAAUACUAUCAUUUAAUAAUAAUAAUAUAGAUCAAAAUGAAUAUUCUAAUAUUGUAGAUUCAGAAAUAGUUAAUGAAGUAGUUAAUAUAUUACAAUUUAUUGUUCCAGAUUUAAUUAAAAAAGAAAUUCUUAAUUCUCAAAAGCCAGUUAUUAAUUUAAGAAUUUCUGGUGACAGUAGAAAUGUGGGUAAGAAAGUGAAGCACAUUAUGAUUACUUUUGCAAUUUUGGAUGAUAUUGAUAAUAUACAUAAUCCUGAUCAUUAUUAUAUA